CCACUGUGAACUCCAACUUAGUUUCUAACUAUUACUCAUUAAAUCAUUCAAAGGAAAAUAGGGAAAAUGGAAAUAGCUAUCGUCAAUCACUGGAAUGCCAUUUUAUCCUUUCUUGUGACACUUGUUGAUAAGUUGAACCUGAUAGUACCAUACCUAUUUUCUUAUUUGUUUAAUUUUGGAAUUUAUAUUGGUGAUAAAUAUUAAUGUUCUGUCAAGAUAUUGGUGUUACGUAUCACAAAACAAUCAGAUAUUCAUAGUAUAUAGAACAAUUCUCAUGACGAUUCCGUCUUCAGUAUAGAAGUUUAAAUCCGGAUCAAACAAUGUGGAAUUGACCAAUACUUCAAAAUUAUAUUUUGUAUUCAGGAAGAUUUUCCUAUUAUAUGUUUAGGAAUGGUGUACAUAAUAAUUAAAACAAAAAUGCUAGACUCCAAAAAAAUUGCCAAAAAUUCUUCACAAUACUCACAUGAAUGUGCCACACCCAUGUGAGUAUUCUGUAUAAUUUUUGGUAGUUUUUUUGGAGAACCUAGCAUUGCUCUAAUAAAAAAUAUCCUGUAUUAUAUAGUUUUCCAGUAGUUGGUGUUAAUUGUUAUGUAAUUAUCUGUCCUCAAGUAGCAUUUGUGUUAUUCUUUUCUUUUCUCUUGUAAGAAAGCUGGUGGCAAUUUGCUAGCAAAAUAGUUUUGUUUGCUCUGAAAUUAUGUCCUUGCAUUGUACACACAGAUGUGCAAGAUAUCCUCCAGAGGUCAGAACUGCCAUCCCAGUAGAUGGAAGAUUUGAGCACAUUGUCUUAUCUUGCAAUGCCACACAAGAUCAUGCAAUUAUUUGGAUAGAAAGGGAAGCAGAGAAGGCUCUAAAUAGAAUGAGGGACAAUAUUUCUGAGACUGUAACAACUGCCCCAAAAGUACAAAAAUUCGAGAGGAUGCAUACUUUACAAAAAGAACACAGGGAUGCUUUGGAAAGAGCUCUCAGUUUGAACAUACCUCACGCUGUCAAUGCCCCUGAAGACGAACCCUCAACAAGCAAGGAAGAAUCUGUAGAAGGUGAGGAUGCCGCUGAGUCUUCUGAGAAUGAAGCAAAAGCUAAAUCAGUGUCCUGCGGUGGAAGAACUAACUGGAAUGCUGUGGUUGGGAAGAUUUUGAAGAAAAACGAGUCUGGAGAAUUCCUACUGAAGAAUGUCACAAUUGCUCCACAAUAACAGCCCCGUCUCUGAUGGUUGUCUUAUUUUUUAGUGAUUGAUUGUAUGCAUGUUAUAGGUUAUUUUUUUAUCAUUGGUAAUCAUUUUUUGUAUGGUUACAGUUUUUACCAUAUCUUGUAAAAAGCAUUGACAUUCAACCCUGGCUGGGCUUGCACCCAUGAGGUGCAAUUUUACAUGUUAAACAGCAGAUUGUUAUUAGUGUUUUUCAAAGGUGUAAUCUGUUUGUAAAAAAAUGUGUGUUUACAACAUAUUAUUUCAUUUUACUUGAAACUA